UGCCUCCGCCCGCCCCCUGCCUCCGCCCGUCCCUGUCUCCCCCCGCCGCCGCCGCCGCCGCCACGGCGGGUGGCCGGGCAGGCGGCAGUGCCGCGGGCCCCGGCGGCGGCGCCGUGCGCGGGGAGGAUGGGCCGGUGGCGGGGCCGGGCGCGGGGCGUCGCGGUGGCGGUGGCGCACGGGCUGUGCUCGGGCUCGCUGAACAUCCUGCUGAAGUUCCUGCUGGCCCGCUACCACUUCGCCUUCCUGACGCUGCUGCAGUGCCUCAGCAGCGCGGCGGCGGCGCUGGGGCUGGAGGCGCUGCGGCGGCGGGGGCUGGCGGCGCUGCCGCCCUUCGGGCCCCGCCUGGCGCGCCCCUUCGCCGCCGUGGCCGCCCUGGCCACGCUGCAGUCCACCCUCACCCUCUGGUCGCUGCGCGGCCUCAGCCUCCCCAUGUACGUCGUCUUCAAGCGCUGCCUGCCCCUCGUCACCCUUCUCACCGGCGCCUUGGUGCUCCGCGACGGCAUGCCCUCGCCCGGCGUCCUCGUCGCCGUCCUCAUCACCACCUGCGGCGCCGCGCUGGCCGGAGCUGGUGACCUGACCGGGGAUGCUAUGGGCUAUGUGACAGGCGUGCUGGCUGUGCUGAUACAUGCUGCCUACCUGGUGCUCAUUCAGAAGACCAGUGUAGACAGCGAAUACGGACCCCUGACAGCUCAGUACGCCAUCGCUGUUUCGGCCACCCCUUUUCUCAUCAUCUGCUCCUUUGCCAGCAUGGACUCCAUCAAUGUCUGGUCGUUCCCAGGGUGGAAAGACCCUGCCAUGGUAUGCAUCUUUAUUGCUUGCGUCCUGAUUAGCUGUGCCAUGAACUUUACCACCCUUCACUGCACUUACAUUAACUCAGCUGUGACCACCAGCUUUGUAGGGGUGGUGAAGAGCAUAGCAACCAUCACAGUGGGCAUGGUGGCAUUCAACGAUGUGGAGCCCACAAAGUUAUUUAUAGCUGGUGUUGUGGUCAACACCUUGGGGUCUGUCAUUUACUGCGUGGCCAAGUACAUUGAGACCAGACGGCAAAGCAAUUACGAGGACCUGGAGAAAGAAGCUGGAGAAGAGGAGGGGAAAAGGCAGGCUGGGGACCAAGCACUGUUUGCGAUGGAGGCGAUUUCCCAGGAGAAGGGGGCCGAGGAAGCAGCAGUGGAAGGAUCAGCCACAGGGGACAACCAGAGCAGAGAGGAAGAGAAGGACAGCACUGAGAAACCUGCCAAGGGACCGGCGGUCCAGGGAAAAGCCACUGGCACACAAGAAGUGAACAGGAGCUCAUUAAAGGAUGCCUAUCUUGGAGUAUGGAGGUUGGUGAGGGGUGCUAAUUAUAUAAAGAAGGAUUAUUUGAUAGAAAAUGAAGAGCUACCAAACCCUUAAAAAGCAGGUUUGAAAACCUGUUCCUUGAGGAUAGACACCUGGUUCUCUGUAGAGGGGGAAAGGCAGAGCAUACAUUUCCACAUCAAUGCUGACAAAGCCAAAUCAUGUAGGAUGACUUUACCUCAUUGUCAAAAAGCAAAAGGUCAGAGUUUGCUCAUGCUUCGGGCUUGCUUUCAGCUGCUUUCAGUACAUCAAUUUAGGCCCACCACAGCUAAAGGCACCGAGGCCUCUGCUGCGGGUACAGAGAGAGUUGGGUACAGCAAGUCACGGGGCGCUUGCCCAGCAGCCUGGGCCACGGGGGACACCAGUACUGUUAUAGUCGGCAGUGCCAGUGACACGGCGGUGGCCUGUAGCUUAGCUUGUGUCUGGAGCCUUGUGAUUUUAACAGCAUUCGGAGGCUCUGUCGAUGUGCUUCCGUAACUGAAUCCCUCCAAUUAUAAGUACUCAAUAUAAAUAUAUUCCUGCAAUAUAUAAACUCCUAUUAACUGUACUUUUAUGUGCUCCUCUGUGUCAAUCCAACUGCAACAGAGCUAGAGGUCGUGCCACUUCAAUUAUCUUGGUGUAAAUUCACUGCAGAAUUGAAACUCCCCAAUUCUGUGAGCAGGCUGGGCCUUGGAUCUAGUUUACAUUGAGUAGUGUGCAUCUUCAGUAGAAAUACUUUUGUCUUGCAGUGGUGUACAUGAGAGCAGAACCAGAUCUGAACUUUUGAGAAGCCGUGGUCAGCAAAAGAAGGAUGUUUUUCUAUGAGCUUUAACUACAUGUAGCAUUGGUAAUAUUAGUUUGACCCAAAUAAAAGGGGUUAGAAAUGUUGGACCGUAUUGAUUUGAUUUGGGAGGGCUAUAAAAAAAUAGGGAGACAGUGUGUGCCUUGUGCUAUGUCCUCCUUGUACCCUAAAGUUGGGUGAACCAGAGCCUGGCCUGGAACCCAGGUGUCCUCUCCAUCUCCCUCUCUGAGAAGUACAGGCUGAUAGGAGACCUGGGGACACCACCUCUGCUGGGGUUCCCAGGAGAGCUUUUGCAGAGCAGUUUGUGGUGUCCAGUGGAAGAAGGCAUGGGCAGGCAGGCGGGAGCUGCAGCGUGCUCCGGCAGAUCGCACGGCCAAGCGCUCGCAGGCCAGGAUGCUCGGUGCGCUCGGCACAGGGACAUCCGUGGCUUUGGUGGAAGCUGCUCCCCUGUGCCCAGACUGUCCCCGCGGGCUGCGAGGGGCAGCGCUGCCUCUCCAGCCUGGCCCUUCCAGCGCUCCUGUGGGAAGUGGGGAGCAGGCGUUCCAGUGGGACCUCUACUGAACAUGCUAAUAUUUUGUACCAGGCUGGGGAAACAAGCUUUUGAGUAUUUCUUAGCCUGGGGUACCCUUUUGGGUGGCAGGAGUCCUUGGGUCAAACCUUUGCUCAGAACCAGGCAGAGAAGAGAUUUGACUCUGAGUCUUCCUCAUCCCAAAAGGGCGCCCCAGCCAUCAGGCCAUCUUGACCACAGGCUGAAACAAGUUGUUAUCAUCUCCUGAAAAAAUGAACCAAGUUUGUUGUUUUUAUUAUUAUUAUUAUUAUUAUUAUUAUUAUUAUUAUUAUUAUUUAUUAAGCCACUGAACUGAAUAGCAAUUAUUCCCACAGCCCUAAUUAAGAGUGCCUAGCCCAAUGCCUUCUCAAGUCAAGCAGGCAGCAUUAGCCUCAUGGCGUGUUCAGCACUGAAACGCGAAAUGAGCAAUUUACCCAGCAGGGAAUGUUUGCAAAACUGAUCUCUGGGGGAGCUUUAGAUUCUUGUCAAUAAAUGCAGGCAGAAACGUGGGGUGUGACAGUAUGUUUUUGGAGUGAGUGCAGAAGUUAGGUGACCUGGCAUCACCCAUGGAUUUUGAAAGAGAUGGCCAUAAAGACAUAGAGGCUAAAAGCCUGUUGGUGCUGAGCUGGGGGACAGGGCACGGAGAUCCGUACAUCAGACGUUACGUAUAGCUUGUCUUUAAGAGUCAAGAGAUAUUGGCUGUAUGCCAAAAUAUGUUUACUUUCUGUUCAAGCUCCAUAUGGCAUCUUUUUCAAUAAAAGCACUAUUUGUUGUUUAUAGGCUAAUAUGAUAGGGCUUUUGUUAGUUUUUCAAAUGCAUCCUAGUCUAAAGAAGUUUGUGCCUAUGACUUAACGGUUGCUGUAUUACUGAACUCAUUACGAUAUUGAACUGCAUUGUAAUCGUACAGAUGGCUGAAGAGAAUCCCACAUUUCUGAUCUGUCCUCACUGUGCUCAGUGUUUUCCGUCCACAAGAAAUGUGGAACUUUUUACCACCUGGAUGCCUGUCUUACAUCCCGUAGCGUAGACUCCGUGUUUGGCACGUGCUGUAGAAAGCUCUUCCCCUGGACUCUUGUUGCAGGACUUUUUCCUGGGGGAGUUCAGUGUUUUGCCGCUUACUGUUGUUGAAGUAUUAGUAGAAACUUGCAGAAAUUCGAACAGUUUUGACUGUUAAAAAAGCUGCUGUUACGAUGUUGUACAUUUGCAUGUAUAGUCGAAAUGUGAUUAUGUUGUAUUCUGUUUAUACCUGUAAAUUCCCUAAAUUAAAAUGGGAAUUUGGCAAAUGCAAUCCUCUUUUUCAGUAACAGAGACUGUCGCAGAAUAAAAUAAAAAUACUGCCUCGUGCUGAGGUAUUUUAAUAGCAUCAGUGGAAGACUGCAGAAUGAGAUGUGGGAAUA